AUGAGUGAGAGGGUAGAAGUAGCUGAAGCUGUGCCACUCCCAGAAGCAGCCAACAAAUACCCCAACCCAUUGGCAAAUUUCUCCAGGGGAAUUGGCUACCCCGAAUGGCAUCCAAUAGACACCAGAAAACAGGUUUCGCAGUUGUUCAAGUUUGGAUUCUACACAACCGUAGGAUCGUAUGCCUUCCUUUACCUUUGGAAAAGAGCCACUUUCAAGAUCGAGAUACCGGCUUCGGCAGUUGCAUUCUUUUGUAUUGCCAAAGGUGUGCAAAGUUCGUUGGCAAAUUUGAGAGAAAAGAAUGAUUGUUGGGAUACUUUUUGGGGUUUGGCGGCUGCUAAUACUAUAGUUCUAUCAGCCGGCUUUAGAUCCAUGCCCGCCAAGAGCAAAGUCAUAACUGGUGUCUUGGGCACUUCAUUAGCCACUGUGAUCGACCGUGCUUAUUGGGCUCAGUCCACCAGCAGUCCUGCAAAGGAUGUCAAGUACGAGUUGGGACAGAUUAACAAGGAUUUGCCUAAACAGAGCUUCUGGGAUGUCUGGCUGAGAAGACCAAUAACACAAACUGUGGAGGAAUUGGGUGUCGGUCGUGGUAUCUUCAAGCCUUGA